UUGUACUUUUUUUUCCCUUUGGUGCAGAGACGAAUUUUAUUUCCGCCCCCUCCCCUACACAUUCCUGACCUCUCCCUCCCCCUUCCCUCUUUCUUUCCUUCCUUCCUCUGCUUCCAAGUUCAGGGAUUUUUCAGCCUUGCUCGGUUUUGGCCAAAAGCACAAAAAAGGCGUUUUCGGAAGCGACUCGGCCGCACACAAGGGCCAUUUGUUUGUUUUGGGACUCGGGGCAGGAAAUCUUGCCCGGCCUGAGUCACGGCGGCUCCUUCAAGGAAACGUCAGUGCUCGCCGGUCGCCCUCGCCCGCCGCGCGCCCCGCCGCCCGCCGCGCACGGGGAGAUGCAGGGCGCGCUGGCCCGGGCCCGGCUCGAGUCCCUGCUGCGGCCCCGCCACAAAAAGAGGGCCGAGGCGCAGAAACGGAGCGAGUCCUUCCUGCUGAGCGGACUGGCUUUCAUGAAACAGAGGAGGAUGGGCCUGAACGACUUUAUUCAGAAGAUUGCCAAUAACUCCUAUGCAUGCAAGCACCCAGAAGUUCAGUCCAUCUUGAAAAUCUCCCAGCCUCAGGAGCCUGAGCUUAUGAAUGCCAACCCUUCUCCUCCACCAAGUCCUUCUCAGCAAAUCAACCUUGGCCCAUCAUCCAACCCUCAUGCUAAACCAUCUGACUUUCACUUCUUGAAAGUGAUUGGGAAAGGCAGUUUUGGAAAGGUUCUUCUAGCAAGACACAAGGCAGAAGAAGUGUUCUAUGCAGUCAAAGUUUUACAGAAGAAAGCAAUCCUGAAAAAGAAGGAGGAGAAGCAUAUUAUGUCAGAGCGGAAUGUUUUAUUGAAGAAUGUGAAACACCCUUUCCUGGUGGGCCUUCACUUCUCUUUCCAGACUGCUGACAAAUUGUACUUUGUCCUAGACUACAUUAAUGGUGGAGAGUUGUUCUACCAUCUCCAGAGAGAACGCUGCUUUCUGGAACCACGGGCUCGUUUCUACGCUGCUGAAAUAGCCAGUGCCUUGGGUUACCUGCACUCUCUGAACAUCGUUUAUAGAGACUUAAAACCUGAGAAUAUUUUGCUAGAUUCCCAGGGACACAUUGUCCUUACGGACUUUGGACUCUGCAAGGAAAACAUUGAGCACAAUGGCACGACGUCUACCUUCUGUGGCACACCUGAGUAUCUGGCACCUGAGGUGCUGCAUAAGCAGCCCUACGACAGGACCGUGGACUGGUGGUGCCUGGGGGCCGUCUUGUAUGAGAUGCUGUAUGGCCUGCCUCCUUUUUAUAGCCGAAACACAGCUGAGAUGUACGACAACAUUCUGAACAAGCCCCUCCAGUUGAAACCAAAUAUUACGAAUUCCGCGAGGCACCUCCUGGAGGGCCUCCUGCAGAAGGACAGGACAAAGCGGCUGGGGGCCAAGGACGACUUUAUGGAGAUUAAGAGUCACGUCUUCUUCUCCCUAAUUAACUGGGAUGAUCUCAUUAAUAAGAAGAUCACUCCUCCUUUUAACCCAAAUGUGAGUGGACCCAGUGACCUGCGGCACUUUGAUCCUGAGUUUACCGAAGAGCCCGUCCCCAACUCCAUUGGCAGAUCUCCCGACAGCAUCCUCAUCACAGCCAGCGUCAAGGAAGCAGCUGAGGCUUUCCUAGGCUUCUCAUACGCACCUCCCAUGGACUCUUUCCUCUGAACAGUCUUAGGGUUGCUUUUGAAGGAUUUUGUGUGUUUUCAAUGUUUUAGUUAGCCUUUUGGCAGAGCUGCCAGCUGACAGGACAUCUUAAAAGAGAAUUUGCACAUCUCUGGAAGCUUAGCAAUCUUGUUGCACACUGUUUGCUGGAAGCCUUUCGAAGAGCACAUCCUCCUCUCAGUGAGCUCAUGAGGUUUUCAUUUUUAUUCUUACUUCCAACGUGGUGCUAUCUCUGAAAUCAGCAUUAGAGCGCCGCCUUAGACAGAUGCAGGAGUCUGGUUAGAAGGAAGGCGCUGUUCUAAGAGGGAUCUCCUGCAGGUCUAUCUAGGCUGUGAUAAUGAAUAUUAUGACAUGUGCCUUUUCUGAAGAGAUCGUGUUAGCUCCAAAGCUUUUCCUAUUGCAGAGUGUUUCAGUUCCUUAUUUUUCCAUGUGGACUCAACUGUGUGAACAGUGGAAUGAGUGUGGUGUGCGUGAUCACAGAUGGAUUUUGUUAUAAGCAUCAAUGUGACACUUGCAGGACACUACAACGUGGGACAUUGUUUGUUUCUUCCAUAUUUGGAAGAUAAAUUUAUGUGUAGACUGGUUUUUUUUUUGUAAGAUAUAGUGAAUAACUAAAAUUUAUUGAAAUGGUCUUGCAAUGACUUGUAUUCAGAUGCUUAAAGAAAGCAUUGCUGCUACAAAUAUUUCUAUUUUUAGAAAGGGUUUUUAUGGACCAAUGCCCCAGUUGUCAGUCAGAGCCGUUGGUGUUUUCAUUGUUUAAAAUGUCACCUGUAAAAUGGGCAUUAUUUAUGUUUUUUUUUUUUGCAUUCCUGAUAAUUGUAUGUAUUGUAUAAAGAAAGUCUGUACAUUGGGUUAUAACACUAGUAUAUUUAAACUUAUAGGCUUAUUUGUAAUGUAAACCACCAUUUUAAUGUACUGUAAUUAACAUGGUUAUAAUAUGUACAAUCCUUCCCUCCUCCUACCACACAACUUUUUUUGUGUGUGAUAAGCCAAUUUUGGUUUGCAAUAAAACCUUGAAAAAUAUUUACAUA